AUGUUGGUCUUGGCUGAUGGUGACUUGGCAGAGCAAUACUUGGCGUGGGUCGUGAGGAAUUUAGUCAAGCUUGCAGGUUUAAGCCAAAAAGUCAUUAGCCGACCUAUAUCUGAUCAUUUCCCAAUAUGCCUUGUCCUGGAAGGCAUUAUAUGGGGUCCCACACCUUUUACAUUGGACAACAAGUGGCUGUUCGUUGAGGGGUUCAGGAGAUGGUCAAAGGAGGAGGAGAGCAGAUCAGAGAAGGCUUUAAAUGAGAAUCUUAAAGAACUAGGCUACCUUGACGGUAAAGAGAUGGAGGGCAGUUUGGGUGAGCAGAGUAGGAUAAGGAGGGAGGAAGUAAGAAAAGGGGUGGUUGCAGUGAUGAAUCUGGAGGUUGUGUCUUCGAGACAAAAAGCUAGGGAGAAAUGGCUUAAGGAGGGGGAUAGAAACACAAGAUAUUUUCACUAUUUAGCUAAUUUCCAUAGGAAAAACAACUAUGUGGAGAAACUUUGCUGUAAUGGGGAACUUGUGAGAGGCAAGGAGAGUAUGAGGAGGGGGGCCAAACAAUUUUUCCAGCAUCUCUACUCUGAAGAUGAAUUUAGAAGACCCAACCUUAAUAAUUUGUAUUUUAGGAGACUAGGGGAUGAGAGUAGAAAUGGUUUGGAGGCUGCGUUCACGGAAGAGGAAAUCAAGGGAUGCCUUGAUGAGUGCAAUGGGGAGAAGGCACCGGGUCUGGAUGGUUUCAAUAUGAAAUUCUAUCAAGUUUUUUUGGAACGUGAUUAA